UUCCGGCCGCCUCCCGCGGAGGUGGCGGGCGCUGCAGCCUCAUCGCGCUCUCGGCGCCGGCGGCUUGGCCGCGGCCAUGAACUUCUCGGAGGCGUUCAAGCUCUCGGGCCUGCUCUGCAGGUUCUCUCCGGACGGCCGGUACCUGGCUUCCUGUGUCCAGUACCGGUUAGUGGUCCGGGAUGUGAAGACGCUUCAGAUCCUUCAGCUGUAUACAUGCCUGGACCAGAUCCAGCACAUAGAGUGGUCAGCAGACUCCCUUUUCAUUCUGUGUGCCAUGUACAGACGGGGUAUCGUGCAGGUCUGGUCUCUGGAGCAGCCAGAAUGGCACUGCAAAAUUGAUGAGGGCUCUGCAGGACUGAUUGCUUCCUGUUGGAGCCCAGAUGGACGCCACAUUCUGAAUACAACCGAAUUCCAUCUGCGGAUAACCGUCUGGUCCCUGUGCACUAAGUCUGUGUCUUAUAUCAAGUACCCCAAAGCCUGUCAGCAGGGAAUAACUUUCACCAGGGAUGGCCGCUACCUGGCCCUGGCAGAGAGGCGGGACUGCAGGGACUACGUGAGCAUCUUUGUGUGCAGUGACUGGCAGCUCCUUCGGCACUUUGAUACAGACACCCAGGAUCUUACAGGGAUGGAGUGGGCCCCCAACGGCUGUGUGCUGGCAGUAUGGGACACCUGCUUGGAGUACAAGGUUCUACUUUACUCCUUGGACGGCCGGCUGCUCUCAGCAUACUGUGCCUACGAGUGGUCCCUGGGCAUCAAGUCUGUGGCCUGGAGUCCCAGCAGCCAGUUCCUGGCCAUUGGGAGCUACGAUGGCAAGGUACGACUCCUCAAUCAUGUGACCUGGAAAAUGAUCACUGAGUUCGGGCAUCCUGUGGCCAUUAAUAAUCCCAAGACAGUUGUAUAUAAGGAAGCUGAGAAGCACCCACAGCUGGGGCUAGGCCGCCUGGCCUUCCCUCCACCCCGAGCAAUGGCUGGUUCCCUCUCUACCUCAGAGAGCAAAUAUGAGAUCAUCUCCGGGCCGGUUUCCUUGCGGACUCUGAAGCCGGUGGCCGACAGAGCAAACCCUCGGAUGGGCAUAGGGAUGCUGGCUUUCAGCCCCGACAGCUACUUCCUAGCAACACGGAACGACAAUAUUCCCAAUGCCGUCUGGGUCUGGGACAUUCAGAAGCUGAGGCUGUUCGUGGUACUGGAACACCUGUCCCCAGUGCGUUCCUUCCAGUGGGACCCACAGCAGUCAAGGCUGGCCGUGUGCACAGGAGGGAGCAAGGUGUACCUGUGGUCCCCGGCAGGCUGUGUGUCUGUGCAGGUGCCUGGGGAAGGUGACUUUCCAGUGCUUGGCCUGUGCUGGCAUUUGAGUGGAGACUCCUUGGCUCUCCUCAGUAAGGACCACUUCUGCCUCUGCUUCCUGGAGACCAAGGAGGGGUUUGGCUCAGCCUGUGGACAACGGGACGGCCAUGCCUAGGACCUGGGUGGAAACUGAGGUACUGGGCCCUGCUGGUGCCAACACGAGGAACAGCUGCACAGGGCUUUCCAGCUGGGGUGGGGCACUCAGGGAUCAGUUUUCUGUAGCCAGGUAUUUCUGUAAAUAUGUAUGGUAUAAAGCUGAAGAUAUUUGCUACUUUGUAGAA